UCUCAAUUAUACUGAAAUCACACUGGUACUGGUAACAUGUUACAGUUCAGUUUUUAAUCUGUUAGUAUUGUUAAACUUUUUUCAGGAUCAAGGAAGGAGUCAGGGCCACAUAUGCUUUUUCCUGAAGAGGAGAAAAUCAUUGUGGAAGAGACAAAGAGCAAUGGUCAAACCGUAAUUGAAGAAAGGAGUCUGGUGGAUACAGUUUAUGCCUUAAGAGAUGAGGUUCAAGAACUUAAGCAGGACAACAAGAGAAUGAAGCGCACUCUUGAAGAAGAACAAAAGGCACGGAAAGAGCUGGAGAAGAUUGUCAGGAAAGUGUUAAAGAGUAUGAACGACCCAUCCUGGGAUGAGACUAAUUUGUGAGCCUGUGAUGUGAGAUCUGUGCAUUUAUAAAUGAAAACGGCAUCUGAUAAUUGUGUGCUGAGUGUAGUAUCGGUCUUAACUCCUGACCAAAAAUACUUGUAAAUAUUGUGACAAAACUGGACUUGAUACCCGCAGUCACAGUAUUAUGCCUUUUAAACCUGAUCGUUUUCUAGACUUUUUUGUUUGCUAGUGCCAAGUAUCUAGUUCAAGUUCAUCUAGUUCAUUUUCCAAUAUGCUAAUGAUAAAGAAAUGUAUUGAGCCUGGACAUCAUCAGAAACGUCUCUACAGGAUCAGGUGUGGUCUGGCAAAGCUGCCAAAAUAAAUAGCAGGUUGAUCAUUUAGCUCACCUUCACAGAUGUCAUUGGUUCCUAGUCUAAAACUGGGAGUCUCAGGGAUGAUAGACACACUGUAUCUACAAAUGUUGCCAGGCCUGCAUCACUGCCUGUGUCCUUUGACAUUUUCAAUCAUUAGCCAAUAUGUUGAAUAAGUGAUGACAUUCAAUAGGAUUUUUCCAAUGGAAAACCUUGCAAUACAAUACUGGAGACAAUUCCGAGGGAACUUGUCUUAUUUUUAUAGAUUUUUUGGGGGGGAUAUCAUUUCAAUGUUGCUUUUACAAUAACCUCAGUUUUAAUUUUGUCCGGUUGCUCUUUUGCACCUUGAAGCUUGCAUCUUUUUUUUACUUUUAUUAUGAUCCUCUACACUAAUUGUGUGCUCACAGACCUUUUUUGUUUUGUACAGAAAUAAUCCUUUAUUGUAUUUAAUGCUCAGAAAUGUGCCUUUUUGGAAAAAGAGAUUUCCAGGAUUUUGUCAGCAUUUCUAGCUCUGUCAGCAUUUCAAAGAACCUUUGUAUGAAAAAUGUAUGCAAGAGUGAUUUUAAAUUAACACGGAAUCUGUGGUUAGAAUCCGACGGAUUAAUGUUGUCUGUCUAAUUUAUGUAUUUAAAUGAAAUAUUGUCUACUGCUAAAGGUGUAUUGUGAAAUUUCCAGAUAACCAUCUACUUUUUUCUUCCCAAAGCACUCUCUUUAUCUUACUCUCUCUUUCUUGCUGACUGAAUUAAAUAAAUACAUAUUCUUACUGUGACUCUUCGAAUGGGA